AUAAAUCCAGUCUCUCWGUCCACCUACAAACCCCCACGUUUGAUACCAAACGAAGCUAUAGGAACUGGUGCUAAUAGAUAUGUUUACUAUGUAUGCAGCGAACCAGGUCUUCCCUGGGUGAAACUCCCUUCAGUUAGCCCAGCUCAGAUCUCUGCUGCUCGGCAGAUCCGCAAGUUCUUCACUGGAAGGCUGGACAACCCRAUUCAGACCUACCCUCCUUUCCCUGGGAACGAGGCCAACUACCUGAGAGCGCAGAUUGCUCGCAUCUCUGCGGGGACGCAUGUCAGCCCUCGGGGUUUCUACCAGUUUGAGGAGGAAAAUGAGGAAGAUGAGUUCUCCCAGAUCCAGUGUGAAGUAAAUCCUGACUUUGAGGGCAUUGCAGUCGAUGAAAUGGCUACAUCUUUGUCCUCAUGGGUGCAUCAUGUUCCACAUAUCCUAAAGCAGGGACGCUGUGUCUGGGUGAAUAUGGCUGUGAAACCAGAAGAAGACUCAGAUGAGGAUGAAGAGGCUGAUGAGGAGGAUGAAGAGGAGCUUGAUGAGCUGGAACCAGAGGAUGGACCUCCCCUGCUCACUCCUCUCUCUGAGGAUGCAGAACUGUUCAACACUCCUCCCUGGACCUGUAGGCUGUCCACCAAGCUCAUCCCCCAGCAUGCAGUGGUAGUGCUGCGUUCUAACCUCUGGCCGGGAGCACACACCUAUGCUUGUGGAAAGACAUUUGAGAACAUUUAUAUUGGCUGGGGUCUGAAGAAGGCGGUGAUAGAGUACAGUCCAGCUCURCCCCCACAACCUCAGACUGAUCAGUCCAAUGAACUGGACAUCACAGAGGCCGUGGACCCAACGCCAGAGGAGGAGGAGGAACAGCGCUUAGCACAGGAGGAAAUGGAGAAGUCAGAGGAGGAUGAGGAGGAUGAAGAGGAGGAUGAAGAGGA